AUGUCGGAAACAAUGAGAAAGAGUAAUACUCAAUAUUAUUCCAAAUCAUCACAUAAUAUGUUGGAUAAAUUAUCAAAUAAAAUUGCAGCAAUGAAAGCAGAUAAAACUGAAGUUACUAAAGAACGAGGUCGUUCAAUCUCUUCUGAUCGUCACAAUUCAAUGUCUCCGACAAACAGCUUAACAACUAUAAAUACAGUUACAUUUUCAUUGCAAGAUGAUACUCCAUCUAUAACGAUACCAACAAGACAAUUACCAAAAAUAUCUAGUGAUACAGGAUCAUUAUCAACGCUUACGUCAUCAUCUAGUGCAAUCCAUAUCUCACCAUCUCGCCGUAUUAUUGAUUAUUUGACUUUGAAUACAGAUUUUAGUGGUAUGAAGUUAAGUGUUAGUAAAUCUUCUAACUUAUCAACUGUCACUACAAAAAGUUCAACAUCGUCACUAGGUUCUGCUGGUACUGCUCAUUCAUCAAUUAUAACUCCUUCACAUUCGCCAAGAAAACUUAAAUCAAUUCAAAAUAUGUUCACACUGGCAGACAAUUCAAAAGAUGUAGUUGGUGGUGUAAAAGAACGUCUUAUUACUAAAAUUGAUCCUGUCGAAAUGACUGUAAAACCUACUAUUGUUACUGUACCACAAGAUACUGUAAGAAGAUCAGCUGUACUUCUGGCUGGACCUAAAUUUCGAUUGAAUAUCAAGGAAAUAUUAAAGAACAAGUUAAAAUUAAAUAGUGAUACUAUGUAUUCAAUUUCGAUUUCUGUCGGUAUCAUUUCUCUAAUUAUUACAUUAUGGAAACCAAUAUCAUCAUUUUUUUCUGGUUUUAUCGUUGGUUGUCUAUUUGCUAUAGUUACAGUAUAUGUAUGGUUUCGGAUGAUUAUUAAUACUAAAGUUGAAGAAACUGCCAUAGAAGAAUGGAUCGAUUUUCCUGCACUCGAUUCUAUGCUUACAAAAGUUGAUAAAGAAGACAAGAAUACCUAUGUACAAGUAACUGGUGCUUUCAUGAGUUUUCACAGUUAUGAUGCUGAUCGUGAUGAUGAUUUUGUUCGUUACCCGUGUGAUGUUCGUCUUGAUGGAUAUCGUCUUAUUAUUCAACUUGCUAGUAAACCUUGGAGUGAAGAAAAGAAACCCGAUAAAGAAAUAAAAUUUAUUGGAUGUCGAGAAUAUUUAAUUAAAGAAGCUCGAAUGAUGCUCGUACCUGAGGUGACUUUAACACGUAGUAAAUAUUGGAUGAAUGAAUAUCCUAUUGUCAUACAAGAUUUACAAAUUCUUGAUAAACAAAUCUUUAGCAAACAACAAUUAGAAAAAUCAAAACUUGAUACAAAUGAUUUUUUUAAGAAUAAUGCAACAACACUCUCAAUUUGGUUCGAAACUAGUCCACAAAAAGAAGAAUGGUUUCAUAAACUUUCUUUAGUUUUGCGUAAAGGAAAAGAAGAAAUCGAACGAGUCAAAUAUCUCGCAAGUACUAAUGGAUCACUGUCAUCAUCAAUUUUGAAUUCAUAUCUCUAUCAACGUCAAGCUCAAACAGAUGCUGACACUGUACUUGUUCCAAAUCCAGUUACUGAAGCUAAUAUUCGCGCUUCAGUUAUUGAAACACAGAUAAAUGCAGAAGAGUUACAACAAAGAGCGAAAGAGAAAGAAUCAGAGAAUGCUGAAAAAGAUGCGAGUGGAACACAUCGAACUAUUGCAAGAAAAUCAAAAAAAUUAAUACCGAAUGAAACUAGUUUACAAAAAGUUCUUCAAACACCUGAAUGUUUAGAUGAAGCAGCUAUAACAAUCAAUUUCAUGAUUCGUCGACUUUUAUGUGAUAUAUUUCAUACUCCAGUUCUUAAAGAUUUAUUAAAAAAUAAAAUUGAAAUGAAAUUAAAAGAAAUUGCUGUAUCAAUUCUUGAAAAUCUUCGUGUUGUAUCCAUUGACUUAGGUAAAACAUUUCCAAUUAUAUUAAAAAUUGAACCCAUGCAAUGGAAUACACAAGGUAUUUGGUUCAAUUUAUUCCUCUAUUAUCGUGGUAAUUUCAAGUUAUCCAUAAAAAGUCGUGUUGUACUACAAAAAUUGAUUAAUUAUGAUCCAAAAAAUGAUAAGCCAAUAUUUGCACAACAUCAAAUAUCACAAAUUGUUCAUAAAGAUAAUGAAAAUAUUAAUGAAGAUGAUUUAAUUCAAAGACAAAAACUUUUAGCUAAAGAACCUGAAAUUCCAGAAAUGGCCAUAACACGAAGACUUGGUACUGUAUUAACUAAUUUAGCAUUAAAUAAAUAUUUUCAAAUAUUUGUAAAUUUACCAUUUAUAAAAACAUUAUUUGAAAAAUUUUCUCAGAAAGACGUUGGUAUAGAUGUUGAAUUGACUAGUUUUAGUGGUAUUCUUACACUUAACAUUCCUCCACCACCAAGUGAUCGAAUCUGGGUGGGCUUUCCAGAAAUGCCUGAUUUUAAUAUCAAAGUAACACCAACAUAUGGUGAAAAACAAUAUUCUUAUAUAUUAUUGCAAGAUUUUCUCGCAGCUAAAGUUCGUGCUGAGUUGAAACGUCUCGUUGUUCUUCCAGCUAUGGAUGAUCAACUUUUGCCAUUCUUUCGAGAUUGGGUUAUCGAUAUUAUCGGUGAUAUUAUAAGUAAACCUGUCAAUCCACUUACUGAUAAUUAUAAAACAAAAUUAAACGUCCAAACUGCUGUUCGUGAAGGAUUGCAAGAAUAUAAAAAUGCCAAAAAUGUUAAAAGACAAUCACCAAUAUUAUCCACGAGUUCAGGGACAACUCGAGUUCAAACGUGA